UGAGUUCACCAUCCUUUAUGUGUGUAAGGGUUUGUGUAUGUGUUUGUAUCCCUCACAGUGAUUAAAGCGAGUGGGCGGCAGUAGCAACUGGUCUGCUUGUGUGGCUCUGCAUAGCAGACAUGUUUCUCACUGCUAGAUAUUACUCAUUUCCUCAGCCGUUGCACACACACACACACACACACACACACAAUCACUCACUCACAUACACAACAGACGAAUAGCAGGCUUUCAGUUCUUUCCCUCGGUUUUGCGGGCUCACCUGUAUUAUUUCACACAUAGAAUCUCGACUAUGUGGAGCUGCUGAGAUGUGCAGGCGUUUUUUACAGUGACAGUGUAGCGCAAGUAAGAAGCCGAAGAGUGGGUUGACCCUUUUGGAACGUUUGGGGAUAUGAAUGGCACGCUACGAUGGGACGUCUGCUUAGUCUGCACUAAGGCCAGUGGCGCUUCAGUUCAGAGGAAUCCACAGUGAUGCUGUGUCGGAGCCUUCGCUUCUGUCCGUGCCCCUCGUUCUCCCGUAAGUCCCAUGUGACCUAGGCUACACCCACACAUAGGGGGCCACCACUGCCGCUGGAGCCCACCCAUGAAUCCCAUCCCUGACCGCGGCAAAGAGUGCCUCCCUCCCAAGAAGAGGGAGUCUCGGCAAGGGUCGUCAGAACGUCAACUUCCUCCGCCCGAUGAAUUUAAGCCCCCUGUCCCGCUUCGGAGUCGGUCCAAUGCAGGGCGAGGCGAGGGCAACAGGGAGGUCAGCGACAGGCAGCGAGCUCUGACUACUCCGAACACCCAUCUCCUCCACACUCCUCCGCCAUUGCCCUCUCCAGCGCCCCUGCCCUUGCCACUGCCAUGGCCCCUGAGCUACACUUCCUCUGUGUCUCUUCCUCUCUUUCAAGGGCAUGUAGUGGAGAGGAGAGGCUCCGGGUCUCCUGCCUGGAGAGACGAUCCCCUGUCAUCGCCGCUGCCACACCAUUCGAGGUGGCUUCGAGCAGAACGGCCCCUCUCCUCCCUGUCCUCAACUUCCUCCUUUAAAACUCCCUUCCCGGCUGAUUCUCGCGAGAUGUGGUCCUACAUUAACAGCAGCCGACGAGAUUACAGCUCUUCUGUUUUCUCUCCAUCGUACUUGUUUGGUCAUACCUCUCUGUACCCUCAAGAGCCAAGUUUAACCGAAGCCAGACAGAGGUACUUAGGAAAGAGGCCCAAUGGAUUGGACGGGCCAGGCAGCAGGACUGCCUCUACCUCCAGGUCUUUGCUCACAGGAGAUUACGGACAUGAUAGCAGCAGAACCAGAUUAGACACAAGUCUACACAGCUCCCAUAUUAAUGGUGGACGGAGACAGCAGGAAGAUCUGACACCUGGGGCCCAGUCUAGGGGUUCAUUUUCCUCAGACUCUAAAGCUCAGGAGGGGCAUGAACCACAUUCCUCAAUACAGGACCGACAUUGGCAAGAAAUACCAUUGAGCCCUCAUCCCCUGGGACCGGACCCCAGGGCAGGUAAAGGGGGGUUACUGGAUGCCGCGGGAGCCUCAGGCACUGAAGCACACAUCUACUACUCCUUGGAAUCCAUUUGCCAGCCAAGCCCUCAGGCUUCCCAGUCCUACAUACCCUACAGUCCCUCAGGAAUACCACUGUACAACCUGCAAGGAGAGCCAGGCCCAAAGAAGCACAAUCCGAGGACCUCCCCCCAAUCGUCCCAGGGUCAGCUGAACAGCCAUGACAGGUUGCAAAGAGACCAUGACAGAGACCAAGACAGAGACAAGGACAGGGAGCGAGGUAAAGAAAAAGAGAAGCACCUGAAAAAUAACAGGGAUCAUGUUCACACCUCACCCCCUGCCCUUCACUCGUCUCCCCCUCCGCUCCUACCUCACUUCACCAAGGGUUCGCUCAUUGAGCUGGCCAGCGGGCAGUUGAAACAGGUGGAGGAUCUGCGGACAGAGGACUUCCUGAGGAGCGCUGAUACCUCUUCAGAGUUCCACCUGAGCACCUGCACAGUUCUGCUCAUUUCUCCCAGCAGUGCACAGGGCAUCUGCCACCUGCAGGUCCAUCUCACAGACCGCAACACUCAGGAGUUAUUGAAGGUCUUGGUGGAGUAUCCAUUCUUCGUCCAGGACCAGGGUUGGUCUUCUUGUUGCCCCCGGAGAACCACAGAGCUCUACGGCCUUCCCUGCCGCCAGCUCUCAGAGGGGGAUGUUUGCCUUGCUCUUACCCCAACACCCAAGAAACCCCACCGGACACUUGUGCGUUCCUCCUCUCGAGUCCAACGUACACACCACCAGUCCAGGGCUGCGGUGGAAGUGUCUAGCAACUCGCACAGGGAGAAAAUGCCACCUCCUCCUCCUCCUCCCCCUCUUCCUCUACACCCGCCUACUACCGGGCCACAGCACGCUCUGACUGCAGAACCUCAGACUGAAGAGCCCGCACGCCCUCGUAAACGGCGCUGGUCAGCCCCUGAUGCCCUUUCCUCAACAGGUACCGAUGAAAGUCUCAUGGAUUUACCUCAAGGCUCCAAGCUGAUGAAGUGGCAGUAGAAAACUUGCACAUGCACACGUUGACCUACAGUAAGCACAUGUAUACGCUCCAUGUCUCUGUUGCGCCCGCUUGGGUCGCGGGGAUGGAAUAAAGAACAAUCCAAAAUUACGGGUGUUCACACUGCUGCCCUAAGGCUUAAACUUCUCUACUUGUUGCACCCUUUCUAUCAUUUCCUUUCCUCUCUUUACCAUCCCUUCAAUUUCCUUUCCUUCCCCGAAGUUUCCUUUCCUUAACAGUGACAGGAGCAUCGUCUGAAAGAUGUCUGGUGGCUCCUUUUACAGACGCAUUGAAGACAGUGAGACAAUCAAGCACUCGUCUGUGUUCACUCUGUUUAUGUAAUGUCCCACACACAUAUUUACCGGCAGUGUGUCCUUCAGGGUAUCGAUUUCAAUCAGUGUUAUGAAAGUAAGCGCUACUGAAACAUUGCAGAUAUACGUAUAUACAAAAAACAAAAAUUGACUUAAUAUAUUACAUGUGUACAGUGAGUAUGCUAAACAGAUUUAAAGCAUUUUUUUUUUUUUGGUCAAUAUCCAUGAUACAUUGUGUUCGUCUUAUUUGGUUCUUGCUUCUGAUCCAUUGUCAAACCGGGCAGGCAAGAUGAAUGUAAGCGUUCUUCGCCUUUUUUUUUUUUUUUAAAUCUCAUCACCUUCAACAAGUUAUUUGUCAAGGCAUUACUCUCCGAUAUGUUCUUAACAUUAUCUCUGAGAAUGGGAGAACACUAAGAAUAAAAAAAAAAAAAAAAACGCGUAUGAGACAAUCACGGCCACAAGGACAGAUGUGUACCACAUAGCCUCCACACUGUAUUUUCCAUUAAAAGCUGAAUAGUGGAAGGACUGGAGGUAAGGCUGAAGAGUAAUGGUGCUAAUAACAUGUUGGAACAGGAUGCUUUGUGGAUAUACGUAACCCCCUGCUUACUGUACACUUGUGUUUCCAUUUUCAUUGUUGUGUACUGUAUAUGUCUGAAAGCAGGGAAAAAAUGAUGAAAGUAUUUUCAACUCUGAUACGGGUAUCUCCUCUGAUUCAGCACACUCUUUCACUUUAGUUUUUUUUGUGACAAAACCAUACAUGUUAAUUAUUCCUUCUAAAUGUCAUAGCUACAAAAUGUAUAUUUUUUAAAAAAUUGUGAAACUGUUAUAUGAUGUUCGCUAGAAAUAAACAGAAAGAAAAAAGCUUCAUGAAUUUAAUUAUCACUGCUGAUUUAUUCCCUGCUUUUGUUGAAAACACUCGAUUUACAACUUUUA